CGACAAGAGAGUUUCAAGUAUCGGCCAAAAAACCUUCCCGGACCGGCCAGAGAACCUCAGAAACUAGAACCUUAACUUCUUCUCUGCAACUCUCUCUGUUCUACUCACAAUUCAGUGAAGUAAAAUUUGAAAACCCAUGAUGAAAUGUUGAACCUUUUCAAUUUCAAUGGCGAUUUCAAGUGUGGGUUUCGCUUGUAGAUCCUAUUUCCCUGUUCGUACUCUCCAGUCUCACUGCUUAUGGAAGAUUCGGUUCAACACUGUUGCUGCUGCAAUUGAGACAAUAGAUGACUCAGAUGGUUUCUUCACCAAGGACAGUGAUAGUCAAGACAAGGUUGCUAAUGGGACACGGGAUCGUGAGUGGAAGCGACUGAAUUCGAAAGACCUUGGAAUAAGCAGCUCAAUGAUUGCAAAAUCCACGAGAAAAGUGCUUAAUGGCCUUAAGAGCAAAGGACAUGAUGUUUACCUUGUGGGUGGCUGUGUACGGGAUCUUAUUCUGAAGCGGACACCGAAAGACUUUGAUAUACUCACCUCUGCAGAACUUAGAGAGGUGGUUCAAACUUUCCCAAGAUGUGAAAUUGUUGGAAGAAGGUUUCCUAUAUGUCACGUACACAUUGGAGAUGAUUUAGUAGAGGUCUCAAGUUUUAGUACCUCUGCACAGAAUUAUCCGAGAAAUACGAGAACUGAAUCCAAAGAAUCGAGUGGCUCAGAUGGUGAUGAGGACUGUAUCCGUUUGAAUAACUGUUUGCAACGUGAUUUCACAAUUAACGGGUUGAUGUUUGAUCCAUAUGCCAAAGUUGUAUAUGACUAUCUGGGAGGAAUGGAAGAUAUUAGAAAAGCUAAAGUUCGAACAGUGAUUCACGCUGGCACAUCUUUUCAACAGGACUGUGCUCGGAUUCUUCGUGCAAUAAGAAUUGCUGCGCGUUUAGGUUUCAGAAUGUCCAAGGAAACAGCUCAUUUUAUUAAGAACCUUUCUUUACUAGUACAAAGACUUGACAAGGGAAGGAUCUUGAUGGAAAUGAAUUACAUGUUAGCUUAUGGAUCAGCAGAAGCUUCUUUGAGACUGCUUUGGAAAUUUGGGUUACUAGAAAUUCUUCUACCAAUUCAGGCAGCAUAUCUUGCACGCAGUGGUUUCAGGAGACGUGACAAAAGGACUAACAUGCUUCUGUCUCUUUUCGCUAAUUUGGAUAAAUUGUUAGCACCUGAUAGACCUUGUCACAGCAGCUUAUGGAUAGCAAUCUUGGCGUUUCACAAAGCUCUUGCUGAUCAACCUCGAAGUCCUCUAGUGGUAGCUGCGUUUAGCCUUGCUGUUCACAACUGUGGAGAUAUUCUAGAAGCUGUGAAAAUCACAAAGAAGAUCGCUAGGCCACACGAUAAAAGCUUCUUCGAGCUAGUAGAGCCCGAGGAGAAUCUCGACUUCCAAACCCUGUUGGACGAGGUCAUGGAUCUUGAUGCAUCUAUCAAAGAUGCCUUAAACCAGAUGACUGAUGGGUAUUAUAUAUCGAAAGCUAUGUCAGCUUACCCUCAAGCACCGUAUUCCGAUUUGGUAUUUAUACCGCUGCAGUUGUACCUUAGAGCAGGCAGGAUAUUCGAUUGUGUGAAAAAAGACGAGACACACACACAAAUGGAAUUUGAGGCUAAGAAAGGAAGCAAGAUCGAGUAUGGUUCGUUAUAUUCAGGAGAUUUUCCGGAAAUUCGGCAUGUAUUUGCGAGGGUUGUGUUCGAUACUGUUUUUCCGUUAAACCUAUCUCAAGACUUGUAAAAAUCUCAUCUUUGAGUCCUUCAAAGCUUGGGACACAAGGUGGGGAAAGUAUCCAAGCUUUUGAUUUAACAGAAUCUUUUCUAGUUGACCUCCAAAAUGACAUAUUUGUCCCUAUGACUUGCGUUUGUUUCUUCACAAAUUGUGAUGGUAAAUAAGCCAACAAGUUUUUGUAUUGUAAAUAUUCGAAACGCAUACGGUAAAAACAAUGUGAUGUAAUAGUUUUUUU